UUUACAUUACAGUGCAGUGUGGCGGCCGUCAGGGGGGCCUAGUGUCCUUAAACACGUUUCCAUUCAGUCCACAGAAAAGUGUUUCUCCUAAAAGCGCAUCAGUGGUACGGCGAUAGUACCAAGCAAGAACACAGACCGGCAGAGUGGAGUUUUUAGAGAGACCUUGGAAAGAAAGGAAAAGUCAAAACAAAGACAACCGCCAUAACGAUCGGGAGAAAUUCAGUGCUCGGUGCGGGGGGACAGCUCAGCUUCCUGAGGUGUAACGGAUCAAGCUCCUAACGCUGUGGAUAUGGACACACAACUGCAAGGACAGCAAGCAGUCAUACCAGUGUUUCAACCACAGAAACCACUGCAGCCAGAUAUGGGCCAUAAUUCACUGGCUAACUUUCAGAUUGAAAAGAAGAUUGGUCGUGGGCAGUUCAGUGAGGUGUACCGGGCAAGGUACCUGCUAGAUAACACGUCCGUGGCCCUGAAGAAAGUUCAGAUAUUUGAUUUGAUGGAUGCCAAAGCUCGGCAAGAUUGCAUCAAAGAGAUAGAUCUCCUUAAGCAAUUAAACCACCCCAAUGUCAUAAAGUACCAUGCAUCUUUUAUUGAGGACAAUGAGCUGAACAUAGUACUGGAGCUAGCAGAUGCUGGGGACCUCUCACGUAUGAUCAAGCACUUUAAGAAGCAGAGGAGGCUCAUCCCAGAAAGGACAGUGUGGAAGUAUUUUGUCCAGCUCUGCAGUGCACUCGAACACAUGCACUCUCGUAGAGUCAUGCAUAGAGAUAUCAAGCCAGCCAAUGUAUUCAUCACAGCUACAGGAGUAGUGAAAUUAGGAGACUUGGGACUGGGGCGGUUCUUCAGCUCCAAAACAACUGCUGCUCACUCACUAGUGGGUACUCCUUACUACAUGUCACCAGAGAGGAUACAUGAAAAUGGAUACAACUUCAAAUCUGACAUCUGGUCGCUAGGAUGCCUGCUGUAUGAGAUGGCAGCCCUACAGAGUCCUUUUUAUGGGGAUAAGAUGAACUUGUACUCUCUUUGUAAGAAGAUAGAACAGUGUGACUACCCCCCUCUUCCCUCAGAUCACUACUCAGAGGAGCUGAGGAACUUGGUAGAUAUGUGCAUCAACCCAGACCCGGAGAAGAGGCCAGACAUCGCAUACGUCUACGACAUUGCUAAGCACAUGCAGAGUCUGACACAGGGCAGUUAAGCCCAGAGUUGCUCACACAGUGGUUUACAAAAUGCCUUCCUUGCUUUAUAUGCUGG